GGAGGAGGAGGCAGGAGAGUGAGGGAAAGGCUGGAAGGCGAGGUGACUAUCUUGGCUGUUGAUGAGGUGUGGGGGCCACAGUCCUGUAUUUGCAGUCAGUAGGUGCUAUUCCACCAUCUUCGAGUAUCCACUGUUGCAAAUGAGAAAUCCAGAGCCAUUCUUUCUCUAAGUUAUUUGUUAUUUCUUCCUGAAAGCAUAUAUUACUCUUCUUAUCUUUUAAUGUACAAAGAAUUUUACCAGAAUCUGACUAGGUGUGUAUCCUUCAGUCUUUCAAAUUCCAGAAUUCCCAGCUGUUUACAUAUUGGUUCUCCCAGAUCUGUCCUCCGAGUCUCACAGGUUCCAUAUCUUUGUAUUCCUGCUCAGAGUUUAAGUUGGCUCUAGUUGAUCUUCCAGGUCCCCGAUUGGAUCUCAACAAUCAACAUUUUGUUUUCAUCGUUUGAGCUUUUUUGGGCCAUGGAGCAGCAUGGACCAGACUCUCUCGGGAGGUAGAGCCUGAUUGUUGCCCUGGAUCUCUCUUCUGACUCCUCGGCCUAGGAAUAGUUCCUUGGAUUGGGGACUGGGAGCGGCAGCAGAGAUAUUUUCUUCUCCUCAUCUGUUCAGAAGCCUCCAACAAGUUGAGCCCAAAAGAGAGACGGACAGACCACCAAACUAGCCUGCAGGAUGUUUCCUCAGUGAAAGGAAGGCUAUUACACAAUGGCAGUUUUUGAUACUCCUGAGGCAGCCUUUGGCGUCUUACGUCCCGUCUGUGUUCAGCUCACAAAGAUCCAGACAGUGCAGAAUGUGGAGCAUCUGCAGGCACAAUUACAAGCCGUGAGUGACUCUGCCCUUCAGGAACUUCAGCAGUACAUCCUCUUCCCAUUGCGAUUUACCCUGAAGACCCCAGGUCCCAAGAGAGAGCGCUUGAUCCAGAGCGUGGUGGAAUGCCUCACAUUUGUCCUCUCUUCAACAUGUGUGAAGGAACAAGAACUUCUCCAGGAACUCUUUUCAGAACUCUCUGGUUGUCUGUAUUCACCCAACUCCCAAAAACCUGCUGCUGUGUCAGAGGAGUUGAAAUUGGCUGUGAUCCGGGGCCUCAGCACUUUAAUGCACUCAGCUUAUGGGGACAUCAUUCUGACUUUUUAUGAGCCCUCCAUUCUGCCUCGUUUAGGAUUUGCUGUAUCUUUACUGUUAGACCUGGCAGAAAAGGAAAAAUCAAAGCAAAUUAAAAUUGCUGCCUUAAAAUGUUUACAGGUUUUACUCUUGCAAUGUGAUUGUCAAGACCAUCCAAGGUCCUUGGAUGAGCUUGAGCUUGAGCAGAAGCAGCUGGGGGAUUUGUUUGCAUCUUUUUUACCUGGAAUCUCAACUGCACUGACUAGGGUUAUCACAGGAGACUUUAAACAGGGGCACAGCAUUGUCGUAUCUUCCCUAAAGAUCUUCUACAAGACAGUGAGCUUUGUUAUGGCUGAUGAACAACUCAGAAGAAUCUCAAAGGUCCAAGCAAAGCCUGCAGUGGAGCACAGAAUAGCAGACCUGAUAGUUCACAGGGAAGCCAGUUGGGUAAAAAGUACCAGUGACAAGUUGACUCUCCUUAUUAAAAAGAUAAUUGAGUGUAUUUCAGUUCACCCACACUGGAAGGUGAGGCUGGAACUCAUAGACUUUGUCAAGGCUCUUCUUCUGAAAUGCAGUCAGUCACUGAUCGAAUCAGCUGGUCCCCUUCUGAAGGCUUUGGUGGGUCUAGUGAAUGAUGAGAGUUCUGAAGUUCAGACCCAGUGCAAUAAAGUUCUGAGACAUUUUGCAGAUCAAAAAGUAGUGGUGGGCAACAGCGCCUUUGCUGACAUCUUAUCAGAAAACCUACAUUCCCUUGCCACUUCUCUUCCACGCCUAAUGAACUCCCAAGAUGAUCAGGGCAAAUUCUCUACUCUCUCCUUAUUACUUGGUUAUCUGAAACUCUUGGGCCCAAAAGUGAACUUUGUCCUCAACUCUGUGGCCCACCUCCAGCGCCUUUCCAAAGCGCUUAUCCAAGUUCUAGAAUUAGAUGUGGGUGACAUCAAAAUUGUUGAAGAGCGGUGUUGGAACUCUGAUCAUCUGAGUACUUCUCCAGAGACCUCAGCCGUGCAGCCAUGGAGUCGAAUCCAGAGGAGGUAUUUCCGCUUCUUCACUGAUGAGAGGGUGUUCCUGCUCUUGCGGCAGGUGUGUCAGCUUCUUGGUUUUUACGGGAACCUCUGUUUGCUUGUGGAUCACUUUGUGGAACUUUACCAUGAGUCUGCAGUGUACCGGAAGCAAGCUGCCAUGGUCCUGAAUGAACUGGUGUUAGGGGCUGCUGGGCUGGAGGUGAAGAAUCUUCAUGAAAAACAUACUAAAGCAAGCCCAGAUGAACUGAGAGAGAUUGUGACAUCUGUACUGGAAGAGUACACGAGCCAAGAAAACUGGUAUUUGGUCACUUGUUUCGAAGCCGAAGAAACGGGAGAGGAAGUAACCCUGAAGCAGCUGGACCUCCAGACCAUCACAUCUGUUGCCCACAUCUGCCCUGUCACAUCUUCCCCUGCCUUCUCAAAGCCAAGUCUCACUGUUUGCUCCAUGAACAGCAACAUCUGGCAGAUAUGUAUCCAGUUGGAAGGGAUCGGCCACUGUGCACGUGCACUAGGGAAAGACUUCCGUUUGCUCUUGAUGUCAGCCCUCUAUCCCGUGCUAGAGAAGGCUGGAGACCAAACCCUGCUCAUUAGUCAGGCAGCGACCAGCGCCAUGAUGGACAUUUGCCAUGCUUGUGGCUAUGACUCCCUGCAACAGCUGAUCAAUCAAAACUCAGACUAUCUGGUGAACGGGAUCUCUUUAAAUCUUCGUCAUCUGUCUCUGCACCCUCAUACCCCAAAGGUCUUGGAAGUCAUGCUGCGGAACUCGGAUGCUAGUCUGCUUCCAUUAGUGGCAGAUGUGGUUCAGGAUGUCUUGGCCACCCUGGACCAAUUUUAUGACAAGAGAGCUACUUCCUUUGUCAGUGUUCUGCACACCCUGUUGGCAGCAUUAGUCCAGUGGUUCCCAGACACAGGUAAUCCUGGGCAACUCCAAGAGCGAAGUGUAGAGGAGGAGGGAAGUCAUUUGAGUGAAAGACCAGCAAGUUUUGAGCAUACUGCCACAGCGGAAGACAUUGAACAGUUUUUGCUGAACUACCUAAAGGAAAAGGAUGUGGCAUGUGGAAAUGUCUCAGAUAAUGAAGAAGAGGAGCUGUCAGACCCUCCUAAAAUGGACGAGAAUGACACCAGUCCCAGUGUGGAGCCCCCGCUGCCAGUGCAGAUCCAGAUAGCCACGGACGUGAUGGAGCGCUGCAUCCACUUGUUGUCAGAUAACAAUCUGAGAAUCCGCUUGAAGGUCCUGGACGUGCUGGACUUGUGUGUGGUGGUUCUGCAGUCCCACAGGGACCAGCUCCUUCCUUUGGCUCAUCGGGCUUGGCCCUCGCUCGUGCACCGACUCACAAAUGAUGACCCCCUGGCAGUGCUCAGAGCCUUCAAGGUUUUGCGUACCCUUGGAGGCAAGUGUGGUGAUUUUCUAAGGAACCGGUUCUGCAAAGAUGUCCUGCCAAAGCUGACUGGAUCCUUAGCCACGCAGGCCCCCGUCAGUGCCAGGGCUGGACCAGUUUAUUCCCACACGCUGGCCUUCAAGUUGCAGCUGGCCGUUUUGCAGGGACUGGGCCCCCUCUGUGAGAGACUGGACCUGGGUGAGGGUGACCUGAAUAAAGUGGCUGAUGCCUGCUUGAUUUACCUCAGCGCCAAACAGCCCGUGAAAUUACAAGAGGCUGCCAGAAGGCUCAUUGUUCUAAAAAUACACUCUGAUCUGAAGCUGCUCACUGUGCAUGUACAGCCAUGAUUUCCUGGUGUCAAAGAUAAGCGACAUCUGCCAUGCAGAUUAUAAACAAAGUGGGUUGCUGCGUUUCAGAUCUGAAGGCAGGGACCUCUGUGCUACUUAAUUCAGAUGCUGCCAGUCCUUUCCCAGCUUCCUUGAUAUUGUCAUGUAAUUGAUAAUCUGCCAGGGUCAACCAUUUUGCCACCCAGUGGAAAAGGCGAGUGUGGGAUGUGCCUGCACGUGUACGUACUGUGCUGGGUCAGGAAGCAGGCUGCUCUUAAUGCUCCUGGAAGCUGGACCACCUGCACAAAGUGAAUUUCCCAUAUCAAAAGCCUUGGCAGACCACAGGGUAGCCAUUUCGUCACUUUGAAGGGUCUGUGGUCUGUCCCGAACACCUACAGCAGUGAGUAUAUAUGAUGGUAUCAGUACCGAGUAAAGUAGCCAGGGAAAUGGCCUCGAUUGUCUUUUUUAUGUAUAAUUAUUUAAAAGAUUUUUUUAGGGUCUCAGUAUGAGCCAGGUACUCUGUUGUAAGUUGAAAGAUUUCGAAGAUGAAUACCAAGUAAGAAUCGGCCUCACGGUGCUGCUCAGUAGUGGUGUGACCCUAGGCAAAUUAAUUUACUUUUCAAAGCCUCAGUUUCUUCAUCUACAGGAUUAGAAUAAACAUAUUUGUUAUUCUCCACUUAAUAAAAUUAUUACAAGGAUUCAGUAAAGUCAUGUAUAUUAUUUUAAGCACAAAAUAGCAGCACAGAGUGAAAAGUCAGUAAGAAGUAGUUAUCAUUUAAACAUUCUCCUUAUUCCAAAAAAGACCUAGGGCAUCAUAUAAAUUAAAUGUGUGCAGCAAAAAGGUAGGAAGUGAAGAAAUAUUUUUAAAGGGGAAAAUAGAGGAAAAACCAGGUGAAGCCAGGGUUGACAUUCACAUGUAAAAUACAGACUAAGAGCUCUGUCCCCUUGCUAGACAUGAGCUGUUAAACGUGGCUCUGGGCUUCCUAACAGGCGAGCAAGGAGGAAACUGCAUCUGUUGUACAAUUUUCAGUCAUUAGUGGAAUAAGAAAAAAAGCUCUUAAGAAAUAAGCCCAGCUUUCCUUGGUACCAAACCCUAAAAAAAUUUCUCCAUGGGUCAUCUGAGAAGAACACUGGGUUACUGCUAUGUGGCUAAGGUCCUUACAGUAAAUACAGAAGUGUAUUUCCUAGAACUGUUUCUUAGGGCAUCUGUCAGUGGAAGCUGCUGGCUUAGCACCAAAGCAUGGGUUACAGGAAAAACAGUUCCGGAGGAGGGGUUCAAAAUAGGUGGGCUGCUGUGAAGAUGAUGUUGUCUUCAAGGGUAGGAAUUUUCCAGGUUGGAGCAGGAAACACUGCCUGUGGCCUGAGAGUGCAGCCAUCCAGGCCGCUUUAUUGCCUGGCUCAGGGCCACUCUGAAAUCUGCGCCCAGCAGCACUGCUGUCAUCCUGGGAUCUAGGCCCGCAGGGGGGCCUGGAAGCAGGAGAGCUAGCCAGAUGGAAGGGGCUGCUUUUAAAUCCUGCCUCCAGUGGGAUUUAAACAUUUCUAGGUUCUGGCUUAUUUUUGAAUUGUCUGUAACAGAUUGGUUCUCUCAGUGCCAUAUCUUUUUAAAUAUGCACAAAGCAAUGGAGUCAUUCCACUGCAUUUAUGAUACUUUGUCUUGUGGUACUUUAGGGGUGCGAUUAGCAUUGUAAGCUACUACUGGUGUUUAUGCUUUUAAGUCCCAUCCCCACUGCAUUUUAUAUUUUUAAUACUGGUCUGUGUGUCUGUGUUGGAGUUAGAUCGAUAGAUGAAUGGUUUUGAACAGGUAAAUAUAGUUAAGUCUAACAAGUAUGUAUAGCUGCAAAGGUUAUUGGUAGUAUUUAUUUGGAGAGUAAAUCGUUGCUCCAAGUCAUAAUCCUCCAUUUCCAACAUUUAGAAACAAAAAACGACCUCCGUGCAGGGGAAGAUAGCUAAAUUGAAUAGCAAGGAAGGACAGACUUGAAAUACUGGUUAACCAAUGAACCGAGACCCAUUAGAGUAAAUUACCGAGAUAGAAACAUCGCCCCACUGCUUGCUGGCUAGGACGCGUCGGCACCCUGAGCAUCCAUUUGUUUAAAAGGAAACACAGAGCCUCAUUUGUAGCAUCAGCAUGUACAGAGUCGCGGGAGAAAAGAUGGCCAGAGAAAAGAGGAGCGUGGAGGCUGUUCUGCCAGAGAGGGAACGGCUGGAAAGCUAAAAUAACUUUGUGAAUGUGCCUGCUUUCCAAUAGGUGAGUUUAUUUUCCAAUUGCAUUUAGUCAUGCCCAUGUAGAGACAGCCUAUAUCAUGUUCCUAAGGAGACAUACCUGAAUAAGUGCUUUAGAAGUCCUAAAUAAAUAAAUAAAUAAAUAAACAAACAAACAGAUCACAAAGCCACAAGUUCUUUACCACUGGCAUUUAUGCAGUCCGCUCGUGAGAGCGUUUUAUAAAUCCAGAGACAAGGAGCAGCAGAUCCCUCAAGCAAGUAAUUGACAGAGAAAGAAUAGCCUGUCACCCAGGAGAGCUGGAAGCGCUGCAUUUCAGUUACAGUUUAUUUAGCUUUACUGGGCCUUGAUUGGCUGGGGGUUUUCUAGAGCUCCCUUGGAGCAGAUGUUGGCUAGACCAAAAUGGUGAGGACACGCUGUAAUAUUUGCAUCUACCGCAAAGAGGUUUCUUUUUGGUUUUGACACAUUUGUGGGGUGCAGGUACAGGGCUGUGAUCUAGCUCCCAUACCUGAGAACUGCUGUGGACGUUGGAGCUGGAAGGGGCCUUAGAGCUGAUCUGAUGCCCCCCUCUUUACCAAGAAAUAUUGCCCCACUGCUUGCUGGCUAGGACACGUUGGCACCCUGAGCAUCCAUUUGUUUAAAAGGAAACACAGAGCCUCAUUUGUAGCAUCAGCAUGUACAGAGUCGCGGGAGAAAAGAUGGCCAGAGAAAAGAGGAGCGUGGAGGCUGUUCUGCCAGAGAGGGAACGGCUGGAAAGCUAAAAUAACUUUGCCAUGUCCCCUCACAGGAGUUCUUCCCCCAGUCCACCCCAGGUGUGACUUCCAGUGCAGCCCUCUGCGCAUCGUGUCCUAGGCCUCUGUGAUUCGGCUGCCAUCUCUACCUGAGCCCUGCGGCCCCAGCCUUUGUCCAUCCCACUUUGUAUCCGUUCUCCUAGCACAGUGUCUGGGCUGUCCCAGGUGCUAGGAAACGUUUGGUAAACCACAGGGAGACGGGCCAAAUCCUGCUGACCAGAUCCUAGGAGUACGUAGUCUCCUACGUCCCCAGGCCACCUCAUCCCCAGCUUUGUCACUCAGAGCACCCCGAUAUUGAUCAUAAAGGAAUGAGCUGCUUCUGUCGGUUUGGUGCCUGGAGUUUAUUAGGUACUUACUGAUACCCGUCAAUUGUAGAUAGGGCUGAAGUGCGGGGAAAUGGCUGCCUGCAUGAAGCGAAAUUCAAUAAAACCGCAUUUUAAGUGAAAAAUCAGUAUAAACACCAGGCUUCUUUGCCAUGGAAACAGAGGUUGCUUAGAAACUGCCUAACGGGCGAGUUCUAAAUUUUUUAAGUCAAGUUAUCAUUUAAGCUACACGGCCCCACAGGUUAUUGAGAGAUAAUCACUCGCCUCAGGACACUCAAGAGGCACAAGGUACAGCUGAGUGCCUCCCAAAACUCUGGGGACCAGAUAAUCUCUUGAUAACUGCGCUCCCUGGAGCCACUGAUUUGGGCCUGGGGGAAGGAGAAAGAAAUUUUUGUUCAGGACUUAAAUGGCAUACAAGUAUAUAUUUUUAAGUGUGUCUCUUUGGGUUUGAAAAAAGAUGGCGCUGGCCCUUUGGCAUGUUCAGCAGCCAUCUCUGCCAUGUCUUGAGAUGUAUUAGGAACAUUUUGCAGGGAGUUUACCCCAGUCACUUCAAAGCAAGUCCUAUCCUUGUCUUGGCUUUUGAUUAUGCAGAAGGGCUUUUGAGGUCUUCAGCUUUUGGCUCCUCACUCCCUGGGAGCCCCUGUCCCCAGCUCAGGAUGGGUAGGAACUGGCUUUGGGAUGAACUGAUACCAGAGUUUGGAGCAAAGCUGGGCCACUGAGCAACUCAGACAAGACCCUGGGUCUCAGGUUCAGCUCCCAGGGGCACAAGGCAAACAAACGUCCAAGUGCAGGAUUUGUCUGUAUUUAGAGCUCAGCAGGUCACAUGUGUUUCGCCGAGCAAGAGCACAGCUACACCAGCCAGUGCCUGGUUGCAUGGCAUGGUAUUUGCUCCUCACCUCAGGCAUGCAGAGGACAAAGAAUAUUGCAUUUGUUUCUUCCUGAAAAUAAUGGACUCAAUUAGAAACCCAUUGGCUAAGACGUGAGACCCCCACGAAGUCAGUGUGAAGGAAAUUAUGAGUAAAACAAAGGCAAAUGUUUUGCCCUUUUCAGAAUGUCUCAGAAUUUUCCAUGGUGUGGUGCUGCUAAGGUUGGUAGUGAUAAUUAUUCCUUAAACACACUCUGGAAGGAACAGUGUUUUCAUUAUACACUUCAAAGUGUUUUCCUGCACCUCAUCUCCUUAGAGCCUCAGAACAAACCUGUGAGAAGGGCGGGAUGGGUGUGAUCAUCUUCCUUUGGAGAAAGAGGAAACAAGUUCACAGAGGCAAAAUAAUUUGCUCCGAGCCACAGAGAAGGGAGAAGGAACUUGUAUUGCUGCCUGCCAUUCUGGGGAGUCUACCUCUUUAAGAGCUAAGAAAUGAGACCCCAAAUAAUUCUUCCAUGAGUUUGGCUCUUGCUUAAUAAAAGAAGGUGAACUUUGCACACGUUUUCCUUUGCGUCCCAGUUAGCAUUUUAUUUAGAGAUCUCACAGGGCAAAGAGAGUGGCUUCCUUCCUGCUAAAGAAUACGUCUGCAUUUAGCAUGUUAAAAGGGACUCAGAAAAUGAACGUCGCCAUGUGUUUAUGCCAUGUAAGUCAGAGCAGAGUUGUGACUCAACAGGGCCGUGGCACCACUUUGCUGGGUAUUGUCCAGAUCAAAAUAUUCCUUGAAGCUGAGAGGGAGCCAUGCUGUAGCUUGAGAAAUUGUUCCAGUUCUUGAAAGGGUAAAAAUCCAAUGAAACCAUUUACAUUCUAACAGUCUUUGGCACUAGGGAAAACUGUCAACUGUGUCACGUGUAAAUAGAAAUGUGUUUCUCAUUUUUGGUGCAUUUUCUUAAUUUCCCUUGCCACUCUAAUUAUCAAAGAUAUUUUUGUUUUUAAACAAAAAUUGUCUCCUACGCACGCCCCAUCUCCUUUCUGCAGUGAAGUGGAAACGAUGAAUUAGAAUAUUCUAACCGCUUCUGUACCAACCACUGCUGAGGUUAUAAGCAAUGAUUAUCCUAAGUAAAAACAAAUUGUUUGGGCACAAAACAGGCCAGAAAAUUUUUCAAGUUGCCCCCCUUCCACCUGCCUCCCUUAUCUCCUUAGCAUGUCUAUUAAACCUAAGGAAGAAAACAAACCUGACUUCACCACAGUGAGACCCAAAUCCCCUGAGGGUACAGGCUUUUCAAAUCACUGAAAUUAAAAACCAGAAUUUAACCCCAUUUAGCAAGCAUUUUAGUUCCUAUUUAGUACCCCAACAGUCCAGGAGAGUCUAGGAAUGGUCAUCAAGAAUAAAAUGUGAUCCAUCAAAUAGAUCAAAGCUGUGAGUCAGUAGCUAGGGAUCCAUGAGCUAGAUGCUAUGUAGGACUGGAUCUGUGAGUUCUCAUUUAAAUCUGCAAAACCCUGAGUGAAAUAUA